AUGGGAGAAAUCGACGCCCGCAAGGCAGUGGCCGCUACACCCUCGCCAACCGCAGACUUUGAAGUCGCCUCUCUCAAGAACCCAGACUACGUGCGCAAGUUUGACCGAGUCAUCGACGACCUCCAGGACGUCUACACCCACAAGAUCAGACCUCUCGAGAAGGCUUACAACUAUGAGCACUUUUCUUCUUCUGCUCCUCUGGGAAAUGAUGAUAUUGCGGCCAAGCCUAUGGUCUUGCUUAUUGGACAGUACUCUACCGGCAAGACGACGUUCAUUAACUCACUGUUGAAAAAGUCAUACCCCAGCUCGCACAUUGGUGUCGAGCCAACUACGGACAGAUUUGUGGCGGUGAUGGACAACCCAACAGACAGGAUCAUCCCCGGAAAUGCGGCUGCCGUCUCUUCAGCCCUCCCUUUCAAGGGCCUCGACAAAUUCGGACAAGCCUUCCUCUCUCGCUUCCAAGUCUCUCAGACUCCUUCCCCUGUCCUCCAGAAUUUCACAAUUGUCGAUACCCCCGGUAUUCUGUCGGGCGACAAGCAGCGUGAUCGUGGAUACGACUACACUUCGGUGAUUGAGUGGUUUGCAGAGAGGGCAGAUCUGGUCUUGUUGUUGUUUGAUUCCCACAAGUUGGAUAUCUCGAACGAACUCAAGGCUGCUAUUCAUGCACUGAAGGGCCAUGAGGAGAAGGUCAGAGUUGUCUUGAAUAAGUCGGAUAUGGUCAACCAGCAACAGCUCAUGCGCGUAUACGGAGCAUUGAUGUGGUCGUUGGGAAAGGUGGUCCACACUCCCGAGGUGAUGCGGGUGUACUUGGUUUCGAUCUGGUUGGAGAGACCCCCGAACGCCUUUGACGACUGCAGGACACUCUUGGACUCUGAAAAGAAGGAUCUCCUCAUGGACUUGCAGCAAUUACCCAUCAACGCCGCCAUCCGCAAAGUCAACGAGAUUGUCAAGCGUGCUCGUCUGGCCCGUGUCCAUGCUCUGAUCAUGGCCCAUUUGCGUGACCAGAUGCCUUCUUUCUAUGGCAAGGCAGCUGCCCUCAAGCAGUUGUCGGAUAACCUCCCUCGCGAGUUCAAGGAGGUCUCGAAGAAGUUCAGACUUCCUAUGGGAGACUUCCCGGAUGUUGAAAAGUUCCGUGAGGCGUUACAUGGCAUGAAGUUUGAGCAGUUUGGAGCUCUGAAUGAGAAACUUCUCAUGGCCUCUGAUGAGGCGUUGGGCACAGAUCUCCCAGAGUUGCUGCAGAGACUCCCCCAUCACUCAUCAUUCACAGGAACAACUGCCCGCCCAGAACUGGAUUCCGAGGAUGAGGAUCUCGAAAACGAUGACCUCAGACAGCCACUGAAGCGCAACCUUACACGCACUGGAACCCGUUCGCGGUACGCACCCGUCAAGCCCGAGCGCGACUUGUCGGCGAUCAUCUACAGCAUUGUUCUGUUCACGCUGGUGCUGUUCUUUACGACGGUUGUCGGAGGCGGUAUUGCGAUGAAGAUGGGGUGGGUUGAUGGCUUGGGGCCUCUGAUCGAGUUAUUGAAACCUCAGGUCUGA